GCCAUCGCCAAAUCGCCAUUUGUAUUUAUUUGGCGGAGUUACGUAGUGUAAAAAAGUGCUGACCAUAAUUCUAUAUUUUGCAAAGUGGGGCCGUUGUGAAGUGAUUUUGAUGUUUGAGAAACGAAAAUUGAGUUUUAUCAUGUAGAUCUAUAGUGAAAUAAGUUUGUAUAUAUUUUCACGGGACCCAUGCAGUCAGUCCAAAGUGAUUGAUGCAUUUCUUGAAACUCGCUAUUCGUGACGAGGACGGCCAGUUUUCUCGAAUUGCCAGAAACUGUAACAUGGAUUAUCACAAAAAGAUGGUAGCAGCACCACCUCAAAAGUGUAAAAAUGAAGAUGAUGAUGAUGACGUGGAAGCUCUGAGAUUUGCAGCUCUCCAGUCGUUACGCACAGCUGCAAAGGACCCGUUGCAAAAUAGACGGCUACAUCCACAUCAGGGACGUAGUCAGUCCUACCAAGGAUCUCAAUCUUCUCGUCCUUACUACAAUAAGUCAAGGCCUGAUCAUUUUUCCCACCGGCAGCCGAGGCAGAAUGGCACAAGAAAUUAUGGCCAAAAAAAUUACCGAAACCCAAACUUGAUAGAAAUAGUUCCGGUUGUAGAGGUACCUGCCACAUCUGCUUCGAAAGAGAACAUUGAUACACAAAAAAGUCAAAGUUCCUCAGAACUCGGACCCGAACAUAUCGCACAUUCUGACGGAUCGAAAUUUGAACGUUAUGAUGACAAUGCAAGUGGUUCAGAGGACGACGACGGUAAAGAGAUCGACGUCAAAGUGGAAGUGAAAACCGAGGAAAAGGAGUUAGCAGAAAAUGAUGAAAUCUUAACCGACAAGGAUAAUGAGAGUGAUGUUGAGGACAGUCCGAAAGUGCGAACCGCCGAAGAGGAGGAGGAAGAUCGACUUCUCAACGACGACGAUGACGAUGUCCUUCUCAUGGCUGACUUGGAAGAAGAAGUCAGUCUUGAUCGUCUGAUGGAUGAGAUGGAACGGGAGAUCAAGGACGACAAAAUAGAUGUCACCGAGAGAAAACCCAUCAGGCGGGAGAAAAUUGAGUUUAAAAAGGUGCGAGAACAAAAGAAGUCAAAGCCCGAGGAAAAGAAGAAGCCCGAGGAAAAGAAAAAGCCGGAGGAUAAAAAAAAACCGGAGGAGAAAAAGAAACCCGAGGAAAAGAAGAAACCAGAGGAAAAGAAGAAAGAGGAGCCAGUCGAGAAGGAGAAAAAUUGUGAAGUCCCCGCAAAACCAGCUCCCGUUGUUGUGAAAUCUGAAAGACCCGUCUCUCCUCGGCCAAAUUUCAGGCGGAGAUCUUUGUCGCCGAAACCCCGACCCUGGAGAAAAGCGUCGCCACGAAGAUCGCCGAGAAGAUCGCCCUCGAGAAUGUUGAAGAAGCCACUGCGAGAAAUGCCCAGGUACAGAUCACCACCGCCGAGAUACUCGCCUCGUUCACCAAGACUCUCUCCUCGUCCGCGUUCGCCCCGAAUGUCGCCCAGAAGGUCGCCAAAUCGAUCGCCAAUGCGACGAUCGCCCCUGCCGCUCAGAAAACUCUCACCCCGAGGAAGAUCCCCGAGAUUGUCGCCGCCACGUCGCUGCUCGCCAAGAAUGAGGUCGAGGUCUCGCUCGAGAUCGAGAUCGCCCCGACUCUUGAGAUCUCCUCCCCGAAGAUUGCGUUCAAGGUCGCCAAGAUACUCACCAAGGUACUCGCCCAGACUGAGGUCCAGGUCGCCACGCUCAAGGAGUCCCCGAUCGCCCCGAAGACGAGUGUCACGCUCGAGAAGUCCCCGAUCGCGUCUAUCGCCGCGGCUCAGAUCGCCGAGAAUCUCGCCGAGGAGAGUAGUUUCGCCGCGUUAUCGUUCGCCCCGAGCAUCGCCGCGAAGAUCGCCCUGGUCAUCGCCGAGGCGAUCACCUCGAGCAUCGCCAAAGCGAGCCUGGUCUCCGCGAUGGUCGCCAAAAGACGGAGCGAGAAAACGUGCCAAGUCGAUCACUCCCGAGAAGCGGAGGAGCACUUCGCCGCAGAAUCUUUUGACACUGCGGAAGAGCAAGUCGCCGGAAGUGAAGGCCAAGCCGAAGAUUGUUGUCAGUGAGAAGCCUCAGGAGGCAGCAGCAGCAGCAGCGAAGGAGCCAGAACCCAAUCCAGAUCCCAUUCUGGAAGCAAGAAGACGCAAGUUUGAAUCUCAAACGCCGAUUGAUCCGAUCAAUGCGAAUAAAAAGAUCAAGUUGAGCAAUAAGAAGGAGGAGUCGAAGAAGCCGGAAAUAGUGAAAUUGGAGAUUCGGAAGGAAGUGAAGGCGGAGUUGAAAAAGCCGGAAGUUCCUCCGGUGGAGAAGGAGUCGGAGCUGAUGAAAGGUAGAAAAGUGGACAGUGGACCGGAAUACAUUGAAGAAGAUGAUGAUGAUGAGGAUGGUGAUGACUUGGGUCUAGACGCAUCUUAUGAGUUUGGUGAGUUGGAGGACGAGAUGGGGGAGGAGGAGGAGCAGCAGAAGCAGCCGGAAAUUGAGACAAUUUCAUCAACAGAUGUCUCGUUUGAGGAGCAGCCGGUGACUUUGAGCCAGGAGAAGCAGAAGAGGAAGAAGAAGAAGGAUAAGGAGAUUUAUCAGGUGGGAAGGUUGAAGGGGAGUGAGGUGGUGGCGCCACUUGUUGCCGAGAGAAUUGUCAAGGAGAAGAAGUGCAAGAAGAGGAAAGUGGAGAAGAAGACGGUGCUGCUGGUGGAGGGAUCGAGUGAGGCUGAAACUUUUGUUGAAGACUCGACGGCUGCGGGUGUUGGUGCGGGUUCUGCUGGACCUGCUGCUGCUGAUGAAGAGGGUGAUUUGCGAGCUGAACUUAGCCGAAGACGAGCCGAGAGAUUGAAUAGAACUGUUCCAAUGCAAUCUGCCAGGCUGUUACAAUCAGCAUUUAAAGGAGUUGUUAAUGAGGUUGCAAAGAAUAACGCAAAAGUAAAUCAAAGGCACGUGAUAAAAGGAGAUGAAAAACCAGGUCAAAAAGAAGUGAGGCGAGUAACUGUGUUGCAUCGUACGCUAACUGAUUUUCAUGACUCUGAAGAAGAGACGCCAGCUCUCGAGCCUAAAGUUCCUGUUCGAUUGAGAUUAGGAAUCAACAAAACAAUUCAAGAAACGAGAGAGACAAAGGUCUCAAGGAAGUCAUCAAAAAGGCAGGGUCGCAAGCGAUUUACGAUUCGUAGUUGAUGCGCUUCAAGAUUUUGAAAGAUUUUCAUCAAUAAUAUUGAAUAUAUGCGCUUUUAAUCGAGCUGUUGAUCUCCGUACGACCAACGCCAUUUGAAAAUUUGUUUUACGUCUACACAUUUUCGUUGGAAAUACCUAUUUUACUUUGUAUUUAAUCUCGUAAUACGGUUUAAGUAUUACGAAACUUUCAUAUGAUAUUUUUCUUAUAGUCGAAACAUUUUUUCUUUUUCUGUUAGGGCGUCGCCAAUUGUUCGAAAAAGUCUCUUUGAAUAACAUAAAUCUUUAUAUUAAGAUUAAAGAGUGUUUGUGUACAUAAAUCAAUUUUUUUCUU